AUGCACUCAUACCACUUAGCCAUUGCCUUGAUUGCUUCUGCUGCCAGCGUUAACGCUGCUGACUCUCAACAAAUAGAUUUUGUCACCAGAUUGGUUCAGGAUGCAAAAGCCAACGCCAAGGACUAUUUGAACUUCAUACAGACCGCUAAGACGUCGAUCCCUGCAGAAUUCACUUCCUUGGCCAGGGAGGUCCAAACCUACAAAGACGAUUCCUACACCACUUUGAUUGACGCGCAAAGCAUCAAUGUCAGUGAGUUGCAAUCGUUUGCCACUGCCUUGCCAUGGUACAGCAGCAGAAUUGCCCAGAACAACGGAGGUGGCUCAUCCCAGGCUUCCUCAGGAGCCUCCUCGGCCGCUGGUGGAUCUAGUUCCAGGUCCGGCUCCUCCUCAUCAGCAGCCGCUUCGUCUGGUUCUUCCUCCCAAUCAUCCUCUGCUGGCAUUGGUGCUAUGAUUGUUCCUAUGGGAGCAACCCUCGCAGGGGUGGCCGUUGCUUUGCUCUAG